CCCUUCACUGUAGUUGCGUGUGCUCGCGUCUCACGUCUCGAUUCUGGCAUUACUGCAUGACGUGUCAUGGCAGCGUUCGAGAUGUGAUAUGCGUUUGCGUGCGCUCGCGACGACGUUUCGCGCAAUCCCUCGUAAACGAGAGAAACCCGUGGGGUGUAUGAUGCGAUCGGACGCUUUCAUGUAGGAGAGUAUAUUUUAGAACGCGAACGAGACGACAGAAGGCUUUAAGAAGAACAGCUAUUGCGUCGACGAUGACGGCGAUAAGAACGACGACGACGACGACGACGACGGUGAUCUUUUACACGCUAUGCGUAUUUCACGGUGCCUCGGCCUUCUAUUUGCCCGGCCUGGCACCUGUGAAUUACUGCAAGGCCGGUGAGACUACUGCAACCUGCAAGUCUGAGAUUAAACUGUAUGUAAACCGUCUAAACACGGAGAAGUAUGUCAUACCAUAUGAAUAUAGUCAUUUUGACUUCUGUACGGUGGAAGAUGAACCAUCCCCAGUUGAAAAUUUGGGACAAGUUGUAUUUGGAGAACGUAUACGGCCAUCUCCAUACAAGUUGGAAUUUUUAAAAGACAUCAAGUGUGCCUCCACUUGUACAAAAGUAUAUACGGCAGGUGAUGAAAACUCUGAAAAGAAGUUGCAGUUAUUGAGGAAAGGAAUAGCAGUCAAUUAUCAACAUCACUGGAUUGUUGAUAAUAUGCCAGUAACAUGGUGUUAUCAGUUAGAAGAUGAACGACAGUAUUGUAGUACUGGUUUCCCUAUGGGUUGCUAUUCCAAAGAGUCUAGAUCUCAGCAAGAUACUUGUACUAUACAUGGUCCAUACAACAAACCGAAAACUUACUAUUUGUUCAAUCAUGUAAAUCUUACUAUAACGUAUCAUAGUGGUGCUACAGAAGAAUGGGGAUCAAACUUUAAGGAAAACGGUGGUCGUAUCAUAUCUGCAAAAGUAGUGCCUCACAGUAUUAAGCAUGGCAGUACAAUUGAUUGUGAAAGUCAAACACCAUUAGAGAUACCAGCCAAUGAGAUGCCAGAUAGAUUUGAAGUGAAAUACACAUAUUCCGUUAAAUUUGUGAGAAAUAACACGAUCAAAUGGUCAUCCAGAUGGGAUUACAUUUUGGAAUCAAUGCCACAUACAAAUAUUCAGUGGUUUAGUAUUCUUAACUCAUUGAUAAUUGUUCUGUUUCUCUCUGGUAUGGUGGCUAUGAUAAUGCUUCGCACACUGCACAAAGAUAUCGCUCGAUAUAAUCAGGCCUACUUCCAGAUAGAAUCAGGAGAGGAUGCACAAGAGGAGUUUGGGUGGAAAUUGGUACACGGUGAUGUAUUCCGCCCUCCGCGUAAAGGAAUGUUGCUUUCGGUUCUGCUUGGAUCUGGUGUUCAAAUGUUUUUCAUGACGUUAGUUACACUAGCAUUUGCUUGCUUGGGUUUCCUUUCACCUGCUAAUAGAGGCGCGCUGAUGACUUGUGCGAUGGUUUUAUAUGUUUGUUUGGGAACCACUGCGGGAUACGCAGCCGCACGAAUAUAUAAGAGUUUCGGCGGAGAAAAAUGGAAAUCCAAUGUCUUACUUACAUCCAUGCUUAGUCCAGGAAUCGUAUUUAGCUUAUUUUUUAUAAUGAAUUUGAUAUUCUGGGUUAACGGCAGUUCUGCCGCAGUACCUUUCAGUACUUUAAUCGCGCUACUGGCAUUAUGGUUUGGAGUAUCAGUACCAUUAACAUUCAUCGGCGCCUAUUUUGGUUUUAAAAAAAGAGCUUUGGAACAUCCAGUGCGGACUAAUCAGAUUCCUCGACAGAUACCAGAACAAAAUUUCUAUACGCAACCAGUACCUGGUGUAAUAAUGGGUGGCGUCUUACCGUUCGGUUGCAUAUUUAUACAGUUAUUCUUCAUACUUAAUUCUCUUUGGUCAAGCCAAGUGUAUUAUAUGUUUGGAUUUCUCUUUUUGGUUUUCCUUAUACUCGUUAUCACGUGUUCCGAGACGACAAUUCUACUCUGUUAUUUCCAUCUUUGCGCGGAGGACUAUCACUGGUGGUGGCGCAGUUUUCUCACAUCCGGUUUUACUGCUGUAUACUUGUUAAUUUAUUGUAUACACUUUUUCGUCACUAAAUUAGAUAUUGAAGGCGCCAUUUCCACGUUCCUGUAUUUUGGAUAUACGUUUAUCAUGGUUUACUUAUUCUUCCUCUUGACUGGUUCCAUUGGUUUCUUCGCCUGUUUUUGGUUUGUGCGCAAGAUUUAUAGUGUUGUGAAGGUUGAUUAAAUAAAACUGGUGAGAGGCGAGAACAAUGCCUGUUUCAUGAAUGUGGUAAAAUUAGUGCAAAACUGAUUGAAAUGAGAAUGAGCGAUAGUCGAUAUUACAUAAACUGGUAUUAGAACAGAAAAGAAAAAUUUGUUACGAUAAUAAUGAGCGAAUAUUAAUAUACUUUUCGCGUCGUUAUUGUUGAAUUACCUCGUAUUUCAUCAUCAUAAAUAAUAAAUGUGAUUUAUUUUAUUAAUAUAAAAGAGGUACAUUUUUAGAUACACAUCAAUAUCGCGUUAUCGACUAUCUGACAUUCUUCAGAAAUAUUUUUCCGAGUAAACAUCUAACAUACAUUAUGCAUAUUGAUGUGUGUUUUAGAUAUUCGAAAAAAUUAUCUAUUACAUAAGUAUUUUACUUCAUUUUUUGUUUUUGGAACAUUUGAAGAAAUCUUAUACAAUGUGCAGUUACAUUUUGAGUUCAAUAUCUCUCGUAAUAUUAAUCAUUGAUGUUAUAUAAAAUAUCUGACAGAUUAUUUAUAGUUUAUUUAUCUAUUUACUAAAGAAAGAUGCAAAGAUGAUUUCUUUAUUAAAAAUUGAUAAAAGUAUUAAUGGUGAGGUACAUGAGAGAAAAGUACAAUUUCAUUAAAUAAAACGAAACCGUAUCAUGUUUUUCAAAUUAUAUAAAUUUACCCAAGUAAAUGUGUAUAAAUUGAGAACCAAUCUCAAUCAGUCUCUCUUUCUUUUUUUCAUUGUUAUUACUAAUAUUUGUAAUCGUGAUAUAUAUUUAAUAGUCGAUAUGUAUACUUUCUGUAGCUUGAUUUUGUAAAUUAAAAUAAUUACCAUGUUAGCGUUGGCACCGACGAGGUAUUAUCUCGUCGGUGGUAAUGUUAUUAAGAAAAUACAAAUAAAAUUAUCGAAUAAGUUUAUAUAUUUUGUAGAGAUAUUUAUCUUGCCGCGUUUCUACUUCGCGAGAUAUCUUUUGUUAGAAAUUUAUUAAAUACAAUUUUAAGAACAUAACAGACAAUAGACAGUGCUUUGUUUUAAGCAUGAAUGUA